AUGAAAGACAAGUAAUUGGUACCUCCCCUGAUAUUCUCGUUCUAGCCUCUAGUUGUUCCCAUCUUUUCAAUCAAACCCCCUUGCACUUCAUAUUUCCUUCUUCUCAUCGUCAUCCCAUUCUAUUACAAAGGUUGUAAUUGGGAAAUCAUGUCGAACGAUCUCAGUUUCGCCGAUCCAGUGUAUGCCUCUUCUAAGAGGCUCAAAAUUCACAAACUUCAUCUAGCUCGACAAGAAUAUCCUUCUUUUUCAAGCGCAAAUGGACCAGGCAACUUAUUUUUUCACUCUCAAAGCUCCACAAGUUGCACUGUACCCAGUCAGCGCAGGCAAUGUCAAUACACUGAUAACUAUCUUCAAGGCAGUAAGUUACGUGGGGAACAACGAUAAUUGGAAGGUUUAUGUGGUAAUUGCAGUCUCAGGUAUUGGUGAUGGAACAACCUCAGCACGCUCGAGUGAUGGUGAAGACGAUGUUCUAGGAUAUUCCUCAAGGCCAGGUGGUCAAGUAUUGCGGUGCCUUGUGUUUGGGACUCCGGAUGCUCUUCCUCUUCCGUACAUCAAUAUUCAGUCCUUAAGUUCUGAUAUUCUUGAGAAAACUAACCUUAAAUAUGCUCCCUUUCCAACCCGGAUGUCAAUGGGAUCAAGAGAUUUCGAUUUAGAUGAUGUGGGGCUAGCGUUUGUCGCUCAGACCGAAGAACAGUCUCAGGCUCAACAUGAUGGCAUAUCUGAUAUCUACUAUAUUCCUUUUGAUCAGUUACCGAUACCGUACAACUCGAAUAAACCUAUUCCAAUAAAGAUUAAAACUAUCCAACAAGGAACCGCCUCUGUACCAGUUUUCAGUCCUGCGCGCCAGUACUGGCUCUCAUUUUUGAAGAGCAAUGAUCACUCGACAGAAAGGAGCAAAACACACAUUUUUAAAGUUAAUAUCAACAAGGAAAAUUACAAACCAGCUGGCACACAGCUCGUAUUGUGUGAAGCCGAAGAGGUAAAUUUUGCACUCAAUCCAGUAAAGUUAGCUUGGGCUCGUUCUGCUCCAGCACAGUCAAAGAGAUUGAUCUGCUGGGCUGAUAGCAAAAUUUCCAUUGUCGAGAUUUCUAUUCCCCUACGAAGUCCAAACAACCCCAUUAUUUGCGAAGGGGUGUUCAUUGAUUGGGGUCAUCGUGGCUCAAUCUUGGGCAUCGACUGUUUAAACAAAGCCAAAAGAGAGCCCAUCAACCCUGGAUUACUUAUUACCAUAGCUUUUACCAACGGGAGUACCGAUUUCCUGAUACACAACGUUGAUACUAGGGAACAAUCAAUGAUUCCGCGCGCCUUUGUUGAUGAAGUAAUGAUGGAGCAGAACCAAAACUAUAGUAAUGAGAUUGGAGAAAACGUUGGGUAUCUUAUCGAAGAUGGGAUUAUCAAUAGGGUUAUAGAUAGGAUUUUCAAGACUAGGAAUAUCGAGGAUAGGAUUAUCGGUAGGGUUAUUGGUGGGAUUUUCGAGAAUGGAGAUGAGGUGGCAAUGUGAAUGAUUAUGGGGUUCACGGCCCUCCUUAUCCGGUUCUAGAGAACAGAGAGAGGACAGUAAAUUCGCACCUUCAAAGGCAAAUCACACCCGGGCUAAUUGCACGCUGACUGGAAGAGAUACGAACGCGCAGACAUUGAAACUUUCAUCGUGAUCAUUAGGGCUCCUCGUUAAUCACUAAGUUAACGAUGGGCA